AUGAAGCGUGUCGAGUCGGAAGACUCUGUUUUACGCGAAGAAAUCAAGUCGGCUCUUGAGAAAUCUCGUAAUGAACACUAUACUAUCAAAAAAGCAGAGACCAAGGCCUGUAUACAACAUAAUUACGAACGUUUGUACACGUUGCUUGAUGCAAGUGACACAUAUGAUAGUGUGCCGUUAAGGCUUGCAGUCGAACCGUAUCCCACAGUAGCGACGACUGAAACUUCAAAUAAAUCAAGCGCUAAAAAAGAUCGAAAACCGGAAUGCAAAAUACAGCUUCGGAGUUAUUCUUCUUGUGGAAUUCUUGAAGAUAACAUGGUAGAUACGUACUCGUGUGUAGUCAUACCCGAAGUAAAGGGAUUACCGCUAUACACGCUAUGGACUCCGAUAAGACGUAAUUUCAAGACUCCAGACGAUCCAGUUCUUAGGCAUGUGUCGUAUUUCGGCGAAGAAUCCGAUUCGGAGGACGGCGUUAAUUACACUGAUGUUUAUGAGAAUAUCAUGGUAGGCCGGAAAGCCCGCAAUGUAGACGCGGACAAGAUUCGUUUAAGGACCAUGAAGAAUGUAUUCGACAGCCAUCGCAUUGGGGUAUCUGCCCUCGUUAAAAAAGUGAACGGGUCGAGAAAGUACAAAGUAAUAAAAUCAACGCCAAAUGAAAGGAACGUUACUCAUCACUCAGACAUGUCCACUGUCGAUCAAGUUAUAACAGAGUUUGCAAGCUUCUUCAAAAGAAAAGGCUCUAUAUCUCUUGUCAAAUGGUAUCUGGAAAAUGCAUAUAGGAUUGGGGGAACUGGCAUUAAUAGAAUAAUGAGGGUUGAUACGAACAACUCUACUAGUCAAACAGAUUCUGUGGGCCAUCACCGGCUGUUAGCACCACUUAGUAAAUUGUGGUGUCGAUUAUGUUAUGUAUAUGACUGCAAGCUUCAUGGUGGAAAGUACCAGCCAUUCCUUAACAAAAAGCGACCGCGCGUAAGACCUACUGCACAGUCUUGCGGUCCGUCUUGUUAUAUGAAUGCCACGUUUGACACUAAACCCCGUCUGAACGAGUGGAACCUUCUUGAAAAUGAUCUCUGUAAGACUGCUAUGGACAUUCUUGGAAACAACUAUUGUGUGUUGGCUACAAUCAUAAGAACCAAGACUUGUGCUCAAGUAUAUGUCAGAGUUCAAGCUUAUUCGUUGCCUGAUGAAAUGAUGAUAGAUGAUUCGGCCCCCUCAUCUUCAGACGAGUCUAAAGGACGAAAAAUCAAAAGGGGCGUUAGCAAAAUAGAAAUAAAUGCCGAGAACCACUCUGAGUAUCGACCUUGUUAUCACCCUGGACGAACCUGUGAUAUGAAUUGCCCUUGCAAAAAGGGAAAUAGAUACUGCGAAAAAUACUGCCAGUGUGAUGCUGACUGUCCGCGAAGAUUUCCUGGGUGCCAUUGUGCUGAGAAAGUCUGCAGCAAUCGUGGAUGUGUAUGUUAUGCAAACUACCGAGAAUGCGAUCCUGAUGUUUGUGGUUGUCUAACAUGUGAAACCACGACAGGUUUUCACUUUGACCGAAGACCAUGCAAAAACAUGGCACUUCAACGAGGGAAAGCCAAGCACACUAUUAUUGGCAUUUCUACAGUAGCUGGUUGGGGCCUGUUUCUUAGAGAACAUGCCAAGAAGAAUGACUUUUUGGGAGAGUAUAAGGGCGAGGUCAUCACACAGGCUGAAGCUGACCGUCGUGGAAAGGUGUAUGAUAAACGCGGCAUAAGUUUCUUGUUUAAUCUUAACAAAGAAUACGUUGUUGAUGCAACACGUAAAGGAAAUAAGUUUCGCUUUAUCAAUCAUUCAAACGAACCAAACUGUUUCGCUCGCGUGAUGCUGGUCAAUAGUGAACACCGAAUUGGCAUAUAUGCAAAGGUUGAUUUAAUUCCCGGAGAAGAGUUAUUUUUUGAUUAUGCGUAUGAUGGAGAAGCCUUGCGAUUUGUACCUAGAGAACGUGAGAUACUCCAGAGAGAAAUGCUUUGGGAAAGACAUCUUGCUCAACAGAGGGAAUUAAGUCAAAAGAGAGAACGGCCCCUGGAAAGGAAACUUCCUCGGAAAAUACAAUUAUCUAAAGAAAGAAAACCAUCAAAUGAAAAGAGGCCAAUUUUGGAAAGGGAACUAUCUCAGGAGCUUCAGGCAAUGGAAAUAUCUCAGGAUUUUCAGGGAAUGGAACUGUUGCAGGAAAAUAAUGUAUUUGAAGAAAAUGAGCUAUCACAUGAAAGAGAGUCAUUACAGAGAAAUGAAUUAACACAUCAAAGAAUUCUGGCACAAGAAUGUGAGCUAAUACAGCCAAACGGAAUAUCAAAGCUGAAUGAGCUGAUACAGCAAAAUGAAUUAGUACAAGCAAGUAGACAAGGACAAGGAUAUGAAUCAGUACAUUAUCAACUAGUACAGCCAAAGCAACUAGUACAACAAAAUGAAUUUGUACAAAUAGAAUUUAGACAGCAAGGUGAAAUGAUAGAGGAAAUAGAUCCAUCUGAAUUGCUUUUGUUUGAUGAUUAA